GCAGAAGACAGAAGAAGAAGACAGAAGAAGACAGUCUCAAGUCAAGACGGAAGGACAGAGAGAGCCAAAGUCGACUGCUAAGGAGGCAGCUAAGUCUAAUGUCUUUCUUCAAAGAUAGCAUCCAAAGAAUGCUAGUCUAAGGAGCUCCAGAGAACUUGAAUGUGAAGAAUUGUGAAGAAUUUCCAUUGUGAAAUUGUGAAGAAUUUCUAGACAGUCUGAGCCAGGCAUGUGCGCAGGCAUAACGGCUCCAUUGUCUUAGCGUGUCCUAGUUCCAAGGACAAAUUCCUUACCGUCUGGAAAGUUGACAGGUAGGAACUCUGCUAAAGAGCAUGAUCUAAGGUCAGAGGUGCCAGGAACAAGCAUAUGUCAAUGUCUAGUUACCGUGCCGGCAAGUGACAGCAUCAAAACAAGCACAGGCGGCAGGUCAGGCAAAGGACAUUUGUUGAAGUAAACAUGGCAGAUAGUCGUCUAUUACCGGUGCCCAAACCUGUAGAACUGACAGGAGAUGUAUCAGAAAAUUGGGAAAUUUUCAAAGAUGAAUGGGCCAGCUAUGAGAUUGCUACAGAGAAGAACAAGAAACCAAAGGAAAUCCGAGUAGCAACACUGAAGACCGUAAUUGGUAGAGAUUGCCUGGACAUUCUAAGGAACUUAGAUAUUCCAGCAGACCCUGGUCAGCCAGAUGCAGACCCCAGGCAAGACCCAGAUAAGAUUAUAGACGCCUUAGAUAAGCACUUCAAGCCUCUGAAGAACACUGUAUACGAGAGAUACAAGUUCAAUACCUGUGAACAAGCACCAGGAGAAAGUAUUGAAGUGUACGUGGCUCGCUUGAGGAAACUAGUGUCUACAUGUGAGUAUGGCGCUCUGAAAGAGGAGAUGCUGCGCGAUAGAAUCGUGCUCGGAAUCUGCGAUAACAAGGUGAGAAUGCGACUGUUAAAGCAGAAAAACCUCACAUUGCAAGCAGCACUAGAAGAGUGCAAGACAAGUGAGACAACAAACAAACAGAUCAAGGCAAUGCAGACUGCAGAGACAGUGCAUUAUGCCAAGACAAAGCCAAAUCCAAGUCAAGGCAAAGCAAAGACAAAGUUCCAGCAGCCACACAGAAGGAUGCAACCACAAGUUAACAACUGCAGUUACUGUGGAAGAGCCCAUGCUAGAGACAAGGGUAAAUGCCCAGCAUUUGGAAAGAAAUGCGCGAAGUGCGAAAGGCCCAACCACUUCGCCCGGGUUUGCAAAGCAUCCAGCAAGAAGAUAAACAUGGUACAAGACAACGUGGCAGAAGAUGACGAAGAAGUGUACACUGUAGGCUCUGUGUCAAGCAAUAACAAGAAAUGGUACAUAGACCUGAAGAUGAGUGAUGGAAAAUCUCUAAGCUGUCAGAUUGACACAGGAGCUACAUGCAAUGUGAUUAGCGAAGAUGACUUCCGGAAGUUCGGGCACAAGAUGAAACCAAGUAAAGCCAGAUUGAAGCUAUAUGAUGGUUCUAUCCUUAAGCCAGUAGGGCAAGGCAUCUUGAAGACGAGACAUCAAGACAGUAUCAUAGAUCUGGAAUUCCAGAUUGUCAAGACACGUCAGAAUCCUCUACUGUCAGCUGAAACAUGUACCAAAUUAGGACUGAUCACCCUAAACACGGUCAACCAAGUCAACAACAGCAAGACAGAACAGAUAGUUGAGGAGUACGCAGACGUCUUUGAAGGAUUGGGAUGCCUCCCAGGAGAAUAUCACAUUGAGAUUGACAAAGAAGCAAAACCAGUACAGCAUCUACCACGACGGGUACCUGUUCCUUUGAAAGCGGAACUGAAGAAGAAAAUCGACGAACUAGAGAAGAAACAAGUGAUUGCCAGAGUCACGAAACCGACGGAGUGGAUCUCAAGUAUGGUUGUCGUAAAGAAACCAGGCAAGAUGAGAAUAUGCCUAGACCCCAAGGAUCUUAACAUGGCACUACACCGACCGAAGUACCAGAUCCCCACCCUUGAUGAAGUCCUACCAAGGCUUGCCAAGGCCAAAGUGUUCUCAGUGCUAGAUGCCAAAGACGGAUUUUGGCAGGUCAAGUUAGAUGAGGAGAGCAGCUAUCUAACCACAUUUUGGACGCCGUUCGGCCGAUUCCGGUGGUGUCGCAUGCCCUUUGGGAUUUCCACCGCUCCUGAAGAAUACCAAAGAAGACAGCACGAGGUACUGGAAGGUCUACAGGGAGUUGACGUCAUCGCUGAUGACAUACUGGUCUUCGGAUGUGGUGAAACUGAAGAGGAAGCUGACAGAGACCACGAUGAAAAUCUGCGUAACCUGCUCAAACGCGCACGAGAGAAGAAUCUGAAACUAAACAAGCGAAAAUUGAGGCUCAAGUUAAAGCAAGUGCCAUACAUGGGACAGCUACUAACGGCAGAUGGCCUGAAACCAGACCCAGAAAAGGUCAAGGCUAUCACAGAGAUGAAGACGCCAGAUGAUCUCCGAUCUCUACAGAGGUUCCUCGGAAUGGUCAAUUACCUCGCUAAGUUCUUGCCACACCUGUCUGAUGUGUGCGAACCACUGAGACGGCUAACAGACAAAGACGCAGUCUGGGUAUGGCUUGAAACACAUGACCAAGCAGUGAAAGAGGUCAAGAAGCUGGUGACAGCACAGCCAGUACUACAAUACUACGACGUAGAGAAAGAGGUGACCAUACAGGGAGAUGCAAGCGACAAGGGACUUGGAGCGGCGCUCCUGCAGGAAGGACGCCCGGUAGCGUAUGCUUCGCGAGCUCUAACCCCGACAGAACAGAACUAUGCGCAGAUCGAGAAAGAGUGCUUAGCAAUUGUCUUUGCAGCACAGAAGUUCAACCAGUACAUCCACGGCCGAGAAGUGGUAACUGUACAAUCAGAUCACAAGCCUUUGGAAGUGAUUUUUAAGAAGCCUCUCCUCGACGCACCGAAGAGGCUACAAAGAAUGAUGCUCCGUCUGCAGAAAUACCACCUAAAGGUGACGUACCGUAAAGGUUCAGAAAUGUAUAUCGCAGACACUCUCUCAAGAGCCUACCUGACGAGGACCAUGAACGAGACUAGGCGAGACGAGUAUGAGAUACUCAAGAUCCAGGAAGCAAAGAAAGAGGAUCAAGAAAUCGAACAAGUAACACCCGCUGAGUACAUCCAAGUGUCCGAUAUGACGAUAGACAGGGUACGUCGACACACUCAGCAAGAUGAAGUCAUGAGAGAAUUGAUGAAGACAAUAAAGAAAGGAUGGCCAGAAAACAAGACGCAGCUUAAGAAAGAAGUCCGUGACUAUUGGACAUUCAGGGACGAAGUCAGCAUGCACGAUGGCAUUGUAUACAAGGGACAAGCGAUAGUCGUCCCAGCAGAGCUGCGAGAAGAGAUGAUACAGAAGACACAUGCCAGCCACCAAGGAGCAGAACGCCUAGCCAAGAAUGUGAUACACAAGACCAAGCAGACUUUCAGCAGACAUGGAAUACCCAUGGAAGUUGUCACCGACAACGGACCCCAGUUUGCAUCAGAGGAGUUCAAGCAAUUCGCAAAGAUGUGGAACUUUCGACAUGUGACAACAUCACCGUAUCACAGUCAAGCCAACGGCAAAGCAGAAUCGGCAGUAAAGAUUGCCAAGAACCUGCUUAAGAAAGCAGCAGCAGAUGGACAGGACCCCUGGGUCUCCAUCUUGGCAUGGAGGAACACUCCAACCCAAGGACAAGGCAGCAGUCCUACGCAACGACUAAUGUCAAGAAGGACGCGAACGCAAGUGCCAAUCAACACACAAGCACUAGAGCCAAAGGUAGUACCGAACGUCCACAAUAACAUCAACAAGAGAAAGGCCAGAGCGAAGAGGUAUUACGACAAAGGCACGAGAAGUCUUCCACCAAUACAACCAGGACAACAAGUGCGUGUAGAGUUAACACCACAGAAAGCAGCACAGUGGAAAUAUGGCACGUGUGUGCAACGUGUAGCACCAAAGUCGUACGAAGUAGAAGUCGACGGAGCCAAGUACAGGAGAAACCGAAAGCACAUACGCGACACAACAGAAGAACAGAAACCAUCCACAGAUGUAGAUGAGACAACAACAGCUCCAGCAACUGCAACACCAGAGUCGACAGCAGAAACAACGACAACUACGACUGAACCAACGCCGUAUGUCACACGGUCAGGCCGAACUGUAAAAGCGCCAGACCGUAUGGACUUGUAA